AUGGCGUACCACUCGCAGCACACAAGCGCGACGUUCGUGCCAGGCGGCAUGGACGACUACUACAUGCCUAACAGUCCAGUCUCAGUCGUCGCACCCGCUCCCCAACGGUAUGACACCCUGCCUCCUGCAUACACANGGCACAUGCCCGAGAUGAGCGACCAGAUUCAAGAAGGAAUCGCAAAUAUGCAGCUUUCCGUCACGGCACAACACGAGGCCGCUGCCUUUCCUCAGGUCCCCUACCGCGGUCGCCAUAUCCCACAGACCGAUGCCGAGUUCGAGUCUGUCCUGGAAGCUGCAAGAGUCACCGUCCUGAAUUCCAAUGACCCGGACAUGCAGUUGGCAUGGGCUCAGGAUGCCUUGCAAUAUGUCACCAUCUGUCUGGAGAACGAGGAGCGACUACAGCAGACACAACCCCCGCGUCAACACCAAUCCCAAGUCGAGCACCAGAUCAUGGUCGAUGCCAUCAACAUUGUCACCUUCCUCGCCGACCAACAUCAUCCCAAGGCAGAGUUUAUGCGUGGAAUGUGGAACGAGUUUGGUCGCUUUGGCUGUCCCCACGACAAGCGUGAAGCCUUCCGUUGUUAUGCCAGAGCCGCCGACCGGGGUUAUGCCCGCGCCUGCUAUCGUCUCGGAAUGUUGUACGAGAAUGCGAAUGACGAAGAAAGAGCUUUGGACAAUUACAGACGCGGUGUUGCUGCUCAGGACAGCGCCUCAUUGUACCGUUUGGGUAUGAUCACUCUACGAGGACAAUACGGCCAGUCCAAGCACUUUGCUACCGGUCUCGACCUGAUCAGACGAUCUGCCGACUCGAUCGAUGAGAAUGCGCCUCAAGGAGCCUACGUUUACGGUAUGCUGCUCGCUCGUCAACUACCUCAGAUCAAGCUCCCCGAAGGUCUUUUGCCGUACGACGAACAAGAAGCCAAACACUACAUCGAAAAUUCGGCCUUCUGCAGAUUCUCUAAAGCUCAGCUCAAAAUGGCAUCCGCUUAUGAACUGGCUUCACUCGGAUGUGAAUUCGACCCUGCUCUUUCUUUGCAUUACAAUCGCCUCGCUGCAAAACAAGGAGAGCCCGAAGCCGACAUGGCCAUCAGCAAGUGGUUCCUUGUGGGUCAUGAAGGUCUCUUCCCCAAGCACGAGGAGUUGUCUUAUAUCUACGCCAACAGAGCCGCCCAUGCUGGUUUGUCGACUGCCGAAUUCGCCAUGGGCUACUUCAGCGAGCUUGGUAUUCACACUCCCAAGAACAUUGAUCUCGCUCUGCAAUGGUACAACAAGGCUGCUGCAAAUGGAAACAAGGAUGCUCAGGGUCGUAUCGAUAGUAUCGCUCACCGUCAUAUCCUGUCCAAGAAAGAUCACGAGAAUGUCGCUCUGAACCGCAUCAAGUCACAACACGGUUCCAUGCGCGGACAACGUCCUCCGAGGUUCCAAGCCCAAGUGCCGCGUAUCGAAUCAAUUUCGGAAAACUCGGUCUCUCCUCACCCAAGGCGUCUAUCAUCUCUCGGUCCUCCAAAUUCCAGCACUCCUGCACCGUAUCCUCUGGAUGAUCGACCUCCAACUGUUCCUCCUCCAAGAUCUACCUCUACCGCGCCUUACCCCAUGGACGAUGUGACUCCAAGACCAACCCCUGCACCCGGGCCUAUGGGUGGGUUCUUAGAUACUCGUCCUGCAACCACUACGCCGAUGGGGAACCGUCAACGUGCCCAAUCCGCUCUGCCACGUCCCGAGUCUGCCUCCGCAGCCCNNCCCCAAGGAAUGCGUCCCAUGCCGGGCAGUGUAAGGCCAUCUGGUCAACGCAUAGCCUCCGGACCCAUCUCUGGACCUCGCCCUCCGCCAGGAAGCUCUCCUCGUGUCAGCGCUACCUCGCAAUUACCGCCUGUAAACUCUCGCCUCGACAUCGGCUACACCGCACCGCCAGACACACGCCCUCCCCCGAGUGUAGUCUACACCGCGCCACAAAAUCCUGUAUCAGGCAGACACUCCGCACGCCCACAAACAUCCAACAGUAACCCCAAUCUCGCACGACCACCUCGAGUAGAUUCUGCUUCGUCGUCAAGACCCAGUCCAGGCCCUUCUGCGGAUAGCAGCAGUAGUCUCCCAACUCCUCCACCUGCAUCAACGACGCCGAAACCUGCAACACCCGCCAAACCAGCAAAAACUGGACCCAAGACUUUUGAAGAGAUGGGUGUGCCCAAGCACAAGCAAGAUCAAGAG